UUCUCUUGUGUAUGUACCUCCGCUCCUAUUGCCGCCAUCUUGUGGGACCCUGAACUUUUAAUAACUACAUAAUGAAUAAAACGCGACAAAGUAUUAAUUAAAAGGACCAAUAAAAUAAUUUAACAGAGAAGUUGGUGGUGACGCAAUCGCAGACGGUGCGAUGGCAUUAGACCUAGGAAAAAGACUUUUGGAAGCUGCACGCAAUGGAGAUGAUGACGAAGUUCGAUUAUUAAUGCAAAAUGGAGCUCCUUUUACAACAGACUGGCUUGGGACCUCUCCACUUCACCUGGCAGCUCAGUAUGGUCACUAUUCUACAGCAAAGGUGCUUCUUCAAGCAGGCAUCAGUAGAGAUGCCCGUACUAAAGUAGACAGGACUCCUUUGCACAUGGCUGCAUCUGAUGGACAUGUUAACAUUGUGGAACUACUUAUCAAGAAUGGUGCUAAUAUUAAUGCCAAAGAUAUGCUGGAAAUGACUGCCUUGCAUUGGGCCACCGAGUUCAAUCAUCAUGAUGUUGUGGAUCUGCUCAUCCAGAAUGGUGCAGAUGUGAAUGCUUUCAGCAAAUUCGAUAAAACAGCCUUUGAUAUUGCACUUGAUAAAAACAACCCUGAGUUGUUGAUUAGACUACAGGAAGCAAUGCAAGGAAAGGUUGGUACACAUUCAGGAAGACCAAAUGCUGUUACUGUCUCAGCCCCACAGUUCAUUAUUGCACCUGAAGACCUCACAAGUCUGUCUAACCUGGUAUCGUCGGGAAGGGUAAAAAAUUCUGAAGCUGAAACAACAGAAUCUUAUGACUCUACAGAAGUUUCAUUACAGCAGUUAGUGGAAAAUGGAACCCACAGGGUAAUAACUAUUUUGACAAAUGGCAUUCAAAUGGGCAACGUCCAAGGAGGAUUUACUACUGAUGGCAUCAAUCGUCGAUUUCUAGUGACCAUACCAAAUCAAAAGCAAGAAUUGGCCUUGGCUACAGAAGAGGUAAUUGAGGAGACAGUUAUUGAAGAACAGCCUCCUGCUAAAAAGUACCGGAUCACAGCAGAUUCUGACCAAACGGACAAUAAUAAUGACAAAACACGACAACUGUUGCAGCAGCAAUUACAUGAAGCAAACUGCAGAGCGCAAGAGUUCAGAGAACAGCUCUUACAGAAAGAGCAGGAGGCUGAAGGAUACAAAGUAAAGCUUGAGACUCUGAAAAGAUUUGCUAAUGGGCAGAGCUUUGUAACAGCAGACGGUGAUACUAUUAUAAUUUCAUCUGAGGAACUGGCAGCAACUGAAGUCACAGAGAUUGAAACAGUGGAACAUCAUGCUGAUAUUAUCACAGAGGGCUCAGCAUUGUGACUGAAGAGUUAAACAAAGACCGAAGCCAAAUAAGCUUUACUCUGGUUUCAGAAUGUGCUGAGCAUUGUACUAGUUGUUGGCAAUCAUCUGGGGAUUUAUUUUACCACACAUGCAGCACUGUGAAUGAAGUCUGUAGUCACGAGGUGCAGACCACAUUGUAUUUAAUAGAACGUGGCACCCCUUAUUCUACCCUCUCAAACCUUUUUAUCUUCCUCUCUAAAAAAAACAUCUUGCACUACAACACAAUCUUAUGCAAUUUGCUAAAUUGACAUAUCUGUACUAUUUGCUAUUAGAGUAAAUGAAACCCCCAAAACAACUACUGGCGUUAUACAAUAAUCAUUCCUGUUCCAUUCCAUAUUUGGUUGUUCUUGUUUUGCUGAGAUUUAUUCUAUAUAUGUUACCUUCAUUAAUUCCCUUUUGCUCUAGAUUCAUGUUGGAACUUGAAUAGCUACAAUUAUAUCUGCUACUGGUUAUAUGUGACUUUUAUAUGAAUAUCUGAAUAAAAAACAUAUUUCCUCCAUAAAUAAACAUCUUCUAUACAUUAGAAGAUCUUGCUUAUAUGUAAAUGUUCUAGCCCCACGCUUCCUAGGAGACCAAAAAGCAAAUUCUGCAACCUGCAAAUCUAAUAGCUGGUUUAGUCAAUUUGCAGUAUUUUCUACACUAAAGAAAGAGCUGUUUAAUAUCCCUUUUAAUGACUGUGUCUGUAAAUGAAAAUGUAUGUUUUUACCUCUUCAUGUUAUAUACAGUAUACUUCAGUACCAUCAUAUUUUUAUUAUAUAUACCUUAAAUGCAAAACAAAGAGUACAACAUAUAAAAUAUCAGAACAUUUUGUACCAUUUAUUUCUAGAGGUUCCGUUUUGAUCUUAAAACCUUCAAGGUAAUGUUAUUUUGUUUUGCCCAAAAUGAUUCUACACAACAUUUUGUUAUUGCCCAGUGGGCCUCUGCUUGACAUUAUAUUACAAGCAGCAGAUCUAGCAAACAGAUUAGUCCAUGUAGAAUGUUUAUUAUGAAGGGUUUAUAUUUUAACAAGAUUUAACACUUGCUCAUCAUUUCGUAGCCAGCUGCUGGUAACGUGAAGAGAAGGUAUGUAGCUCAUAUUUAUGAUGUAAAGACUUAAACAUUCAGGGACAUAUUCUGCCAAAAUAUGGGAGAAACUCAGUUGUUUAACAAUUUUAACAUUUUGUUUAUAGAUUUUGUAAUACAUUGUGAUGCUUAACAUACAUUAUACAGUGAAUUCUAGAAUAUUCUACCUCAUUUAAUAAAAUUGUACUUGUUUAAUGUGGACAUUUUAAGUAAACACAAAUAUUAUAUAUUCAUUUGUUUUUAUGUUACCUGGAUAAUUUUAAACAAUUUAAAUUACUUUAUCUUAUCUCCUUAAACACAAGUGUGUAAAAGCACUGAUCAAUGUUCAAUUAAUUCUAUUAAAAGGAUAUGAAACCUAAACGUUUUCUUUUGUGAUUCAGACUAAUUAUUCCAUUUUAAACAAGUUUCCAAUUUACUUCUAUUAUCAAAUUUGUUUUGUUUCCAUGAUAUUCUGUGUUGAAGAAAUAUCUAGGUCGGUAUCUGGAGCUCUUGCAAAUGGAAAACAUUCUUGCAAAACUGCUGCCAUAUAGUGCUCCAGAAAUGGGCCGGUUUCUAAGCAUACGUCUCUGCUUUUCAACAAAGCAUACCAAUAGAGCGAAGAAGAAAAUUUUAUCUGCUCUAUCUGAAUCAUGAAAGAAAAAAAUUGGGGUUUCAUAUCCCUUUAAGCUACCAUUGGUGAUAUAAAAAAAUGGAAUUUAAGCAUGUUUUCUCCCCCCCCCCCCUCCCCCCCC